AUGGCGCUGGCGGAGGCGGUGGCGGCUCGGGGGCGGGCGCUGCCGUGGCCGCGCGUGGUGCUCUUCGGGGACUCCAUCACCGAGUUCUCCUUCCAGGAGGGCGGCUGGGGAGCGUCCCUCGCUGGCAGACUGGUCAGAAAAUGCGAUGUAGUAAACCGUGGGUUCUCGGGGUACAACACCCGAUGGGCUAAACUCAUCCUUCCAAGGCUGAUCGGUAAAAGUGCUGCUGCUGAGAGUACUGUUGCCGUCACUAUUUUCUUUGGAGCUAAUGACAGUGCUUUGAAAGAUGUGAACCCUAGGCAGCAUGUUCCUCUGGAGGAAUACGCCGCCAACCUGACAAGCAUGGUGCACUACCUGAAGUCUGUGGACAUCAAUGAGGACAGGAUUAUUUUGAUAACGCCGCCUCCUCUUCAGGAAUCAGCUUGGGAAAAGGAGUGCCUUGCCAAAGGUGACAAGCUGAAUCGCCGCAAUGCCACCACUGGGGAAUAUGCACAGGCCUGCGUUCGAGUGGCGAGGGACUGCGGGACUGAUGUGCUCGACCUGUGGACAUUGAUGCAGAAAGAUCAGGAUUUUUCGUGCUAUUUGUCUGACGGGCUUCACUUAUCAAUGAAAGGGAAUAACUUCCUCGUGGGACAACUCUGGUCACUCCUGGAAAAAAGACUCUCAGCUCUCCCUUCAUUGCUUCCUUACUGGCGGGACGUGGACCCCCAGCACCCCGAGGUGAGCCUGCUGUGAGGUGCCCUGCAGCAGUGAAGCCCAGCCUGUCUGAUGGAGCGAGCGCACGUCCAGCUGCUUUGUACCUCUGCGCCCCUGCUGAUGGUGAUGAGGACUGAAGUGGACUGUCUGCUCUGUAACCAUUUUUUUCAAUAAAGAUUGGCCAAGGGGUGGAAACGGCACUGGAUGGAAGCUGCCGCCUUCCUGCUGCAGCUGCUGACAACAAACA